UCUCACCCGUCCUAUUGAUUUCUCUCUCUUCUUCUAUCUUCUUUCCAUUUUAUUUUCAUUUGAUCAUCAUAUUCUCCCUAUCUCACAUCUAUUGCCCUACCAAUAUCACCUAUUAGCCCGGAUUGACUCCUCGGAACCAUUCGUUGGAUCCAUCGCGUUUUACUAGGCCAAUCUAAUUCUUCUUAGAUUCAGCCGUCGCAGUUGAUUUGCGACUGGCAUUCCAUCUCUGCAAAUAAUGGAAUCUCCUCAGUCCAAUCCGGCGUCAAUCAGAGUCGCUCUGGAAGGAUGUGGCCAUGGCUGUCUACACGACAUCUAUGCCUCCGUUGAAAAGUCGGCUGCUCUCAAAGGAUGGGACGGCGUUGACUUGCUCAUCAUCGGAGGUGACUUCCAGGCCGUCCGUAAUUCCAACGACAUGGCGUGUAUGUCUGUGCCAAACAAAUAUAAGCAGAUUGGCGAUUUCCACGAGUAUUAUAGUGGAAAACGCACGGCUCCGUACUUGACGAUCUUCAUCGGUGGCAAUCACGAGGCCAGUAAUUAUCUAUUCGAGCUGUACUACGGCGGAUGGGUCGCUCCCAACAUUUACUACCUCGGCGCCGCCAACGUCCUGCGCUGCGGUCCUUUGCGCAUCGCAGGCAUGUCGGGCAUUUGGAAAAAGUAUGAUUACCGAAAGCCCCAUCAUGAGCGUCUCCCCUACAACCGGGAUGACCUCCAGAGCAUUUACCAUGUCAGGGAGCUGGAUGUUCGCAAGUUGCUCCAGAUCCGGAGUCAGGUGGACAUGGGCUUGUCUCACGAUUGGCCUAAAUAUGUCGAAUAUGGCGGCGACCACGAAACCCUGUUCCGGAUCAAGAGAGGGUUCCGUGAAGACUCGCAGACCGGGAGGCUUGGAAACACGGCGGCAAAGCAUGUCCUUGACCGGCUGCGCCCGGCCUACUGGUUUUCGGCCCAUCUCCAUGUCAAGUUUGCUGCCUCGAUCCAACAUGGUCAGUACACCCCCGCUGGAAUUCCAAGUGCUGCGAGUCAAGCUCCCGUGCCCACGCACCCGAACCCCGCACAUCCAUUUGGUUUCGAUGGCUCCAUGUCGUCCCUCAUUACCAUCGAUGAGCCUCCAAACAACAAUGCAGCCCCAGAUGCAGCCAACAGUGAAGCCCCCCAAAACACAAUGACAGAGGUCGGAACUCCCGGUGGCAACACCGCGGAGCCCACAGCGUCCAAGCCCGAGCGGUCCGAGCAUAAUGUGUCAGAAGUCAACACCCAACAGCCGGCUGAACCCACUGAGACUGAUCGCACUGCUUCUGUCACCGGAAAUGAACCUCUCCCCGAAGAGCGCUCAUCCAGUCCUCAAGGAAACACCGGUGGAGACACGACGACCAGACUCUCGGCGUGGAACAACUUCCACAGCGUUGCCGCGCAGAAUGAGGCCGCCGACAACGCCCGAUACCUGGCCGAGUAUGAACAAAAUAAAGGAUCUGCUCCUCCUGAACUGCAGCAUAACCUCACUUGGCGCAAGGUCGACGUGGGCUCCGAUGGCGUUGGUCGCACCCUGGCCGGGAUCGAGCGAGAUGGCGAGCUAGAGCCUCCUGGAAGCAAGAAGCAGAAAGUCCAGCACGAACAAGAACCCGUGAAGAAUGCUGACGAGAUCGAUCUGGAUCUAGACAGUGACUCUGAUUCGGGCGCGCCCCAGGCAUCGGUUCCCCAAGCGAAGCCGCAUGAGGAUACUUCCUCCCAUCCAGCCACGGCCCCGGCUAUGCCUCUUUCGGCCCCUGAGAAACCGUCUAAUGAAACUCAAAAGAACGAGACCGAUGUAUCUGAAGAUAUCCGAAGCCAGCUGCCCGCCAGCUUCGCCCGUCCACAGAUCCAGAAAUUGCCCGACCCAGUUUACGAGGCGCUACCGGAAGCUAUUUCCAACAAGACCACACAGUUCCUUGCAUUGGACAAGUGUCUCCCCGGGCAUGAGUUCCUCCAGCUAGUCGAGAUCCCCACCAUUUCCACAACCGACAACUCUGCCCCUGAAAGACCUUUCCGCCUGCAGUACGACAAAGAGUGGCUCGCCAUCACGCGGGUCUUCGCCAACGAUCUCCAAUUAGGAGAUCUGGCGGCCCACCCAUCACAUGAUCUUGGUGACGGAGUCUACAAGUCACAGAUCCUUGAGGCGGAAGAAUGGAUCGAAGAGCAUGUCGUGAAACCCGGAAAGCUCGACGUACCGGAGAACUUCACGCCCACCGCUCCAAUCUAUGACCCCGCCGUCCCGAUCACCACCGAGGAUCUUCCUCCAGAAUACACCAACCCUCAAACCUCUCAAUUCUGCGAGUUGGUCGGGAUCGAGAAUAAGUUCGACAUCAGCGAAGAAGAACGUCAAGCUCGCGUGGCCGCUGGUCCCAGACCUGAAGAACCUAGAUAUGGCUUCCGAGGCGGUGGCUUCAACCGUCGCGGUCGCGGCGGAUAUGGACCUGGUCGAGGUGGUAGAGGAGGCGGAGGCGGAGGCGGAGGCGGAGGCGGCGGUAGAGGAGGUGGAGGUCGAGGGGGGCGUGGCAGAGGUGGCCGACGUUACUAA